AGCGUACCGUCGUGCCAUUUGACAGUUGUCGCUGCGGCAUUCCGCAGGCAUCACCGCCGUAUCCCGCCUCUGCGGAGAAGCAAGCCUCGUAUUUCUUCUUUUUUUUCUUUUUGAUAAAGCCGAAUUGUUGAUGCUUCGAUACUCACUGCGCCGUGCCGUGGCUGCCAUCACCGGCGGCUUCUCCUCUGCCGCCUUCACGGGCGACGACGGUGAUGCCUUUAACAGCCUCAAGAGCGAGCAGGAGCGGCUGCAGCGGCAGCAUCAAAGCGGCCAAGACGCGGAGGAGGCGACCGCGCGUGACAACUUCUCAUCCGACCGUAGUAGGAGCAGCGGUGAUGAAAGUCAGAACGCGUCUACUGCUUCUUCAUCCUCCUCCUCGUUCACCGGGUUUGAUUUCUCCUCAGCGGCCCACGCCAACGACGGUGCCGACGCGUCCACAUCGACGUUGGAGCGGCCCACUAUCGACACCUACCGAGCCAUGACCGAUGAGCGGCUCGUUGACACGCUGCGCCUGCGCGAUGAGCAAAUCGCCCAGCUGCGCCUCAUCUACGAGAGCUUCCACUACGACGCCGACAAGCACCUCCGCAAGAUGAUCUUCGACUACCACGACAAAACAAUGCAGCUCUCGCAGGUGCAUGGGAAGAUGCAGCAGGCUUCGCUGCAAAUCAACCGCGAGGCGCUGGCACGCAUGCGGGAUGAGCAGGAACGCAUGACCCGCGACAAGCGCCUCAUCUUUACCCUCUGCACGCUCUGGUCGAUCAUCUUCUGGGUGUGGGUGCGUCGUCACUACGUGAAGAGGCGCGAGCUGGAGUCGGCGUGGGUGUCGGUCGUCGACCGAGCCCAGAUGAGUCCCGCCGUCACGGGUAUCGGAAGCUACGGUGACAACUUUUUUGGCAGCAACAAGCGCAACGCUCGCUUUGCGGAGACGUCGUGGGAGCGCGAGGUGCGGGAGCGGCGGGAGGCGCAGGACGUGCGGAAUCGGCAGCUGGCACUGCUGCGACAUCAGGGCGAAGUGGCGAAGGCGGUUGCCGCCCGUGAUGCGGGAGGAGCAGCGGUUGACACUCCAACGAAGCAGACGCCUUAA